AAGGGGCGUUGUCGCGCCUGCGCGGGCGUUCUGACCACCGGCUGGCUCCUCGUGGAGGCUUCUCUGGUCCGCGCGCUUCAGCUCGUCUUGAGCUCCGGGCGGCUGCCGCGACACGCGGCGCUCGCGCGCCAUGUCGUGGCUCUUCGGGAUCAAGGGCCCUAAGGGCGAAGGCGCGGGGCCGCCGCUGUCCCUGCCGCCCGCUCAGCCCGGGGGCGAAGGCGGCGGGGACCGCGGCGCGGGGGACCGGCCGGCGCCCAAGGACAAAUGGAGCAACUUUGACCCGACGGGCCUGGAACGUGCAGCCAAGGCGGCGCGAGAGCUGGAGCAUUCGCGACACGCCAAGGAGGCACUGAGUCUUGCACAGAUGCAGGAGCAGACGCUGCAGCUGGAGCAGCAGUCCAAGCUCAAGGAAUAUGAGGCCGCCGUGGAGCAGCUGAAGAGCGAGCAGAUCCGCGUUCAAGCUGAGGAAAGGAGAAAGACUCUGAGCGAGGAGACGAGGCAGCACCAGGCUAGGGCCCAGUACCAGGACAAGCUGGCCCGGCAGCGCUACGAGGACCAGCUGAAGCAACAGCAACUUCUCAACGAGGAGAAUUUAAGGAAGCAGGAGGAGUCUGUGCAGAAGCAGGAGGCCAUGCGGCGAGCCACCGUGGAACGGGAGAUGGAGCUUCGGCACAAGAACGAGAUGCUGCGGGUGGAGGCCGAGGCGCGCGCCCGAGCCAAGGCCGAGCGUGAGAACGCAGACAUUAUUCGUGAGCAGAUACGCUUGAAGGCUGCUGAGCACCGGCAGACCAUUCUGGAGUCCAUCAGGACAGCCGGCACCCUGUUUGGUGAAGGGUUCCGUGCCUUCGUGACAGACUGGGACAAAGUGACAGCCACGGUGGCCGGGCUGACACUGCUGGCCGUGGGGGUCUACUCUGCCAAGAACGCCACGUCAGUUGCUGGACGGUACAUUGAGGCCCGGCUGGGGAAGCCAUCCCUGGUGAGGGAGACGUCUCGGAUCACAGUGCUUGAGGCCCUGAGGCACCCCAUGCAGGUCAGCAGGCGCCUCCUUGGUAAGCCCCAGGACGCACUGGAGGGCGUCGUCCUCAGUCCCAGCCUGGAAGCGCGCGUGCGAGACAUUGCCAUUGCGACAAGGAACACCAAGAAGAACCGGAGCCUCUAUAGGAACAUUCUGAUGUAUGGGCCUCCUGGCACCGGCAAGACGCUGUUUGCCAAGAAACUCGCGCUGCACUCGGGCAUGGACUAUGCCAUCAUGACAGGUGGGGAUGUGGCCCCCAUGGGGCGGGAUGGCGUGACUGCUGUGCACAAGGUCUUCGACUGGGCCAGCACCAGCCGGCGAGGCCUCCUGCUCUUCGUGGAUGAAGCAGAUGCCUUCCUCAGGAAGCGAGCGACUGAGAAGAUAAGCGAGGACCUCAGGGCCACCCUGAAUGCAUUCCUGCACCGGACAGGGCAGCACAGCAGCAAGCCCCAAGUCAGCUGUGUGGCCACCAAAUCAUGUGCAUCCUCCUUGCCUGCUGCGGCUGUUGCCUGCAGAGACCCCUGGCCCUGCUCAGGCCCCCUAAGAGUCUGGUCUGGUUCCUGCAGAGUUGGCGCUUCCGCUCAACCAGCUAAACCCCAAACCCUGCAACUCAGGUUCAUGCUGGUCCUGGCCAGCAACCAGCCCGAGCAGUUUGACUGGGCCGUCAACGACCGCAUUGACGAGAUGGUCCGCUUCGAUCUGCCGCGGCAGGAAGAGCGGGAACGCCUGGUGAGGAUGUAUUUUGACAAGUAUGUUCUGAAGCCAGCCACAGAAGGAAAGCAGCGCUUGAAGCUGGCUCAGUUUGACUACGGGAAGAAGUGCUCAGAGAUCGCACACCUGACGGAGGGCAUGUCGGGUCGGGAGAUCUCCCAGCUUGCUGUGGCAUGGCAGGCCAUGGCAUAUGCCUCUGAGGAUGGAGUCCUCACUGAGGCCAUGGUGGAUGCCCGGGUCCAGGAUGCCAUCCAGCAGCACCAGCAGAAGAUGCAGUGGCUGAAGGCUGAGGGAGCCAGGCCUGAGGGUGGCCAGGCUGCGUGAACUGGCCCUAGUACCUGGGGCACGCAAGCCAGGUGGCUUUGCCAGGAAGAAGCCCCAAGAUGCCCGCCUCUCCCUGUGGCGGGCCUACCCAGCCGCCCACCUCAGCAUUUUUAAGUACUUCUCCAGUCAGGGCCAGGACAGCACUGAAGGCCUCUGCUUGGGACCAGCCGCAGCUAUGGCGUCUUUGUGGCGGGGCCG